GGAAUUUAUGUGGAUCAAGUUUUAUUCGUCUCCGCCGUCUUUCUGGCAGAAAAAGAUCCAAAAUCCAGUGUCAAAAUGUUCUAAAACCACUUCGUCCUUCAUCUUUUGUCGCAAAACCUUCUGUUUAAAAAAUUCUCAUCACCCUAGACCGAAUAGCGUAGUGUCCAGCAGCACUACCCAUCCAGCGAGGCUACGGAAUUUAGGGAAGGCUUCCUCGUCGUAAACCCCGGAAGUAGAUCCUCUAAAGAUGCGAACUUCCAAUUCGUCUAAAAUGCGAUCAACAGUCGCAACCUUGGGUUUGCUAUCAACUGCAAAAAUGUCUGGGUCUGCGAGAUUGCAAGAUUUGUAAUGCCAGUCUGGCAUGGCUCUGCAGUCUGUAUUGCGUGGCCACAAAGAGGCCCUCUUGCCUGUCAUGCAAAAGCGCAGUUUCUCAUGCGAAAUACGCAGUACAGAAGCACGAAAAAACUUGUCAUGCUUGGCGGCACAUCACAGCGUACUUAUUGUUCACGGACUUGCAUCACAAGUUUUCAGACCCAGACACUUUUGCAGUUGAUAUUUGCUCUCUUCCGCCACGACCACCUCUGCUUUGCCAGUCUGCGAGACCGCCUGGUCGGCCAGUUACUCAAAUUUGGACGAGGUGUUGAAGCCCGCACUGCCCGACGAUGGAACUACGGGCGAAAGGGAAGGCGAGGGGGUGUACGGGUAUAAUUUUUUUUAUGGAGAGAAAAAUGUUUGUCACAGUCACUAACUUGCAGGUUUUGCAUUACAAACUUUCUCAGCAUCACAAACUUUCCUUGUAUUGCAGAAACACUAGGGAAAUCCCUAAUGAAGUUUGGCUGUGAUGCAUUUUUACGCAUGACACACAAUUUUGUAUUGCAAGAAUGCGCAUGAGUGAUCGUGACGAACUUUUUUCUUUUGAUAUUUUUUGUUUCUUUGUUAAAACGACAGCGAUGCGAGAAAAGCAUGACAGAUUUGUUCAAUCGUGUAGUUUAUGCAUGACAAGUUGAAUCAAAAAAUCCGAAAAAUACAGCAAGAAGGAGCAAGCCUGCGCCGCGUGUGUCAAGCUCAUGAUCGACUCCAAGUCCUGCGACAUCAUCCCCCAAAGAAAGCUAUGCUUGUAAGAAGUGUCGUAGUCGUUUUUGGGAAAAUUGCAUGACAGAUCUGAUUUGUCAUAAGUAUCGUACUCCGCAUGACAAAAGUUCGAUUACUUCACUUUCAGUUCUAAAGAUGAAAUCUGUCAUGCAAAAAUUCUCACCAAGCACACGAUGCUCUUCUACUAAUGCAUAACCCUGUUUCGCCUACGAUGUGAUGGGGCACUUCGGUACCAAGACGGUCGAGAAAGUGGAGGAUGGAAAGCUCGGCACCACCACCAUUGAGGACACCAAGGACGAGAACUGGACGUACGCAAUGGAGGGCGAGGCCGGCGGACUGCCCGAUGGUUCCGAGGAGUGCUCAAGGGUAUAAGUAGUGCUUCUGUAGGUGUGGUUUAUUGUAGUGUUAAAACCGCAUGAGAAAUUUAGAUUUUUAUUGUUUUUAUGUUUUUAAACACGGACUAGUGGAGUGAUUGAUGUCCAGCAUGACAGUGUGUUUCUGAAAUGUUAAUUCCGCAUGACAAAAAUCAACAUUUUCGUUUUCGUAUCAGAUCCUCUUCCUGGCCGGCAACCCGGAGGCGACCCCGCAGGUCGUCGACGCCGCCUGCGCCAGCGGCAACCCCAUCUGCGAGGACCACCCCAACAAGUUUCAGCAGUGCUGCCAGGGCAUGGUGCCCCCAGACCAGCUGUGCCCGACCGGAAAGUUCUGCUGCGGGGAUGAUGCGAAGAUCACCUUCGGUAAGGACAAGAAGACCGAGUGCGCCGAAAUGAGUGAGGAGGAGAAGGCGGCUUCCGCCAAGGCCGAGUAUCCAUUGCAAAUAUGUCUGUGUCUGGAAGUGGAUGCAACUUGUGACGCUGCCUUUUGAUUUUAUGUUUAAGAAUUUGUCUUGCAUGACCAGGAAGACGAGUCCAGUUUUUGCUAUGCGGAGAGGGAAUUUGUCAUGCAGAAUAAAGGCAUCAAGAAGGCCGCAGGAAUAAAUCUGUGAUGCUAGAGUAUACAUCACAGAUGUCAUGGAUGAUGCAACAUGUGCAUGACAAACUUGGGCUCUUCCAGACCCAGACAUAUAUUUGCAGUUGAUCCCGACGGCAUGAUGACCACCACGACCACGACGCCGUUGCCGACCUCGAUGGACGCCGCGGAUGACACUGGUUCGGAUGAGGACACUGGUUCGGAUGAGUCGCCCGCCACGAAAAUGACCUUCCGCGAGCAGGUGAAGGCCGGUGCCACCGCCGUCGGCAACAAGCUGAAGGGCGCGGCAGUAUGCACUGCAAAAAUGUCUCCUGGGUCUGGAAGGUUGGCACUUGUAAUGCUAGCUCCACAUUCCUAGAAUAAAGUCUGUGUAGUUGCGUAAUGAACAAAAGCCGCAGCCUCUUUUCUCAUGCCAAAGCGCAGCUUCUCAUGCGGAUUGCCUAUGACGAAGCGUUUUUGGAGGAAGUUGUCAUGCCGGACUGUCAUUACGGCAGUGUUUUCAUCAUGCACAUUUUAGCAUCACAAGUUUCCAGACCCAGACACUUUUGCAAUCCAUAGGCAGGGGCGAUUGGCAACAAGAUCAAGGAAUCCCGCGCCGCCAAGGCAGCGAAGAAGGCCGCCCGGAAGGCCAAGAAGGCGGCGAAAAAGGCCGCGAAAGCCGCGAAAAAGGCCGCCAAGAAGGCGAAGCGCGAGGUAUCAAGAAGAAAAAUCCCUCCUGCCCAUAUCGAAAAGGAAAUUUGUGAUGCUGAUUUGUGGCCACAAGGAAGCUUUGUAAUGCUAGGGCGGAAAGGUGUUGACACUGUAGCGCUGGGUGGCGUGGGAAUACUUAAACCUUUGCGCCUUCAUCAUGACAGGAGGCAGCUGGAAGUGGAAAGCAGCAUGACAAACUACCUGCAAACUCGGCCGCAGCUGCGGCUCUUGGGCUUGUAGCAUUGCAAGUCGAUUUGUGUACUCAAAUACAGCACGACAAGUUUCGUUUUCGACCUUGGGAGGGGGGAUUUUCCGUCUUGAUAAGAGGCGAAGAAGGCGGCCCGGAAGGCCAAGAAGGCGGCCAAGAAGCUCUUCAAGCGGUUCCGCUAAAGCUGGAAAGCUUUCUUGGAUUGGAAAGUGGUCUAGUGCAGUGCUCCGUUGAGUUUUUUUUGUAAAAUUGAAGAAUUUAUAUUUAAGUAGUGGCUUCUGAAUUUAUUGUUAAGUUUCACACGACAAUCCCCUUCUGAUACAAUCACACUUGAGUUUCCUAGACGGUGGCACUUUCUAGUUUGUUGACAACGCUAUAAAAACCACAGCAGAGCGAUUUACCACGGUUUUUCUCCCUUGUAUUUUGUAUUUUAGCACAAGCACACUUGUAUUUUGUAUUUUAGCACACUGUAUUUUAUCGAACACUAGAACAUAACUUUUUAAUCGUCGAAAACACUGUAUUUUAUCGAAAACUAGAACACAAUCACACACACUUGAAUAGAUAUUUUGUCGAAUAGAAAAUACCGGAGCUCUGCUGUGGAAAUGUUUCUAAAGCAGCACAUCAAGUCUAGAUAAUUUUUGAUCUGUCGAGAAGAGGAUUAUAUAGCGAAACUUCAUGCUCUGAGAAUUUUUGCACAACAAUACAACUCUUGUUGGAGGACCCAUUAUUGGCGGAACAAUCACCAUGCAGCGCCACAGAGCAAUGGUCUUGAAGAGGAUGAAAAAAUAAAAUGAACGGCAACAACUCAACGAGAGACGGUAGGAUGAUGAAUAAGUAUCGUUUACAAAUCAGACAGGGUCCUCGUGAGGACGCCCUGCAGGUGGGAGAAACAGUCAUGUUUGAUGCUCUGUAGUGGUGAUCUCAAGCGACAGUGGGCACGUAAGUUAGAAAUUACCUGAAGUACUUUUACACCGUGAUGUACUGCUGAAUGUGGAG